AUGCCUGCGACAACAGCAGAAACACUCUCUCUGGUGAGCCGACAAGUAUCGGUUGCGCCUCUAGUCCUUCUUUCGGCAGCCGAUCAUUAUGGUCGAUCAGCAAAAGGCACGCGGAAAAGAGUAGUUGGCGUGCUGCUGGGACAGAAUGAUGGCAAGAAUGUCCGGGUUUCAAACUGUUUCGCAGUUCCCUUCGAAGAAGAUGAAAAGGACCCCUCUGUUUGGUUCCUAGAUCACAACUAUGUCGAAUCCAUGCGAGAAAUGUUCAAGAAAGUCAAUGCUCGAGAAAAACUAAUAGGCUGGUAUCACUCCGGACCAAAGCUGCGAGCGUCAGACUUGGAAAUCAACGAAUUGUUCAAAAAGUACACCCCGAAUCCACUGCUUGUUAUCGUCGAUGUCCAGCCGAAAGAGGUUGGAGUACCAACAGACGCAUACUUCGCCAUUGAGGAAAUCAAAGAUGAUGGAACCACAACCACCAAGACAUUUGUUCAUACACCGUCCACCAUCGAGGCCGAAGAAGCAGAAGAGAUUGGAGUCGAGCACCUUCUUAGGGACAUCCGAGAUGUCGCGGUGGGCACACUAUCAGCACGAAUUACUCAACAGCUACAGUCGCUACAAGGUCUACAUCUGCGACUAAGAGACAUCGGUACAUACCUGCAAAAAGUCCUCGACGGGGAACUGCCCAUCAACCAUGCUAUUCUGGGCAACCUCCAAGAUGUUUUCAAUCUACUUCCUAACCUGACGACCCCCCCCGCGUCGCGACCCAACGGCAAGAACCAGGUGGAGAACAGUGAACUGGCCCGCUCCAUGAGCGUUAAGACGAACGAUCAGCUGAUGACAAUCUAUCUGAGCUCUCUCGUUCGAGCUAUCACCGCAUUCCAUGAUCUUAUCGAUAACAAGAACAAGAAUAGACAGCAACAAGAGGAGAAAGAGGCGAACAAGGACGACGUAGACAAGAAGGAAGGUGAGAAGGAGAAGGACAAGGAUGAGAAGAAGGCGGUGGUCAAUGGCGACAAGAAGGAGACCGAGGAAAAGGGCAAGGGCAAGAAGAAGAGCUAG